UGGCGGGGUCUCAGUGCUGCUCACAUGCAGGGCGACGUCGGCGGCGCCCGCACGCUGCAGAAGAAAUGGACGACGUUCCUGAAGGCGCGACUGCUCUGCUCUGCUCCGGAGCAGCAGCUGCACUUCAACCGGCUGCAGGCCGUGUUCACCCUGCCUGGUGCCAGCUGGCAGGAAACGGCCUUCUUUGGGGUCUUCCAGGCUCGGUGGGGGGACGUGGAUGUGUCGGCCGUGUGCCGCUACCACAUCCUGGAGGUGAAGAAGGCUUUUGAGGGUCCCUAUAAGGAGUAUCGGGAGCAGGCACAGAAAUGGGGGCGGUAUUCGGAUGAGGUGCCGAGCCCACGGCCUGGGGCGGUGAGUGAGUGGGGGGUGGGGGUGGGGAGUUUGGGGGACAGUGGGGGCACGGGGGGUGUGGAGG